CUAUCGCGUCAUAAAGAACUUCGCGCGGGGAGUGAUGCGGAAGGAGCAGUCCCUGCUCUGUGAGGCAGUCACUCAGUGAAAGAGCCCGAGCGUGCUGGGGAGAGAAAGGGGGAAGAGCGACGGUGAGAAGUGAGCAGGCAGUGAAAGGGCGACAGACGAGCAAAAGAGGAGCUGAAUGAUCUGGCACGUGAUCCUCCGGCACAAUGUUCAGCAGGGCCUGUUGGAGAUGAUAUGUUUCACUGGCAAGCAACAAUAAUGGGACCAAAUGACAGUCCCUAUCAGGGUGGUGUGUUCUUCUUGACAAUUCACUUUCCAACAGAUUACCCCUUUAAACCGCCUAAGGUUGCAUUUACGACAAGAAUUUACCAUCCAAAUAUUAACAGUAAUGGCAGUAUUUGUCUUGAUAUUCUACGGUCGCAAUGGUCUCCAGCAUUAACUAUUUCAAAAGUACUUUUGUCCAUCUGUUCUCUGUUGUGUGAUCCCAAUCCAGAUGAUCCUUUAGUGCCUGAGAUUGCACGGAUCUACAAAACAGAUAGAGAAAAGUACAACAGAAUAGCUCGAGAAUGGACUCAGAAGUAUGCGAUGUAAUUAAAGAAAUUAUUGGAUAACCUCUACAAAUAAAGAUAGGGGAACUCUGAAAGAGAAAGUCCUUUUGAUUUCCAUUUGACUGCUUUCUAUGAGCCCACGCCUCAUCUUCCCCUGUGCACAUGUUUACCUGAUACAGCAGUGCUGCGUGUUGUACCCACUUGGAACAACGAAAUACUGUAUUCCAUACCAACAUUGACUCCUAGCAAAGAAAUGUGUGUCAAAAGCCAGUUCUUCUAUCAAAGUCUAGUUGUGAGCAUAAAAGCAUUCCUAAGAGAUUUCAAUUGGGCACUGAAGCCAACCAUGGAGGGAGAGGGGAAGAAUAAAUUGUUUCUUGUGUUUCUGGGGAUUUUUAAUGAUUCAAGAGGAUGUUUUUUUAAAAAAUGGAAUCCUUUUAAACUCAUAACUGUAAUGAAAAGAAAUGUGAAGAACUUAAAGCUGUUCUGUAUUUUAUUCUGAAGGACCUACUAAGGUAAAUGUAUGACCAAUAAGAUCAAAUUGUACCUACAUCCUGUGUUUAAAAGUCUGAGUUUAACUGGUCAGAACUUAAAUGCAUUGGAGCUAUUAGUGCAUCAAGUGAUGUUGAUUUUAUUACAAGUCUCCCCCUGCCCCUUCCCCUCCCUUUCAUAAUUUUGGUUUGUAUGUGUUUUCUCAAUUAACAUAGCUAAUAGCUCUUAUUUUCUUAAGUUUUUAAUGGCUUAGGUCUUUCUGGAUGUAAGGGUAAAAUUCAUUUGACAGACUUGUGUAUAUUUAAAGACCCAGCUGCUCCCUUGGAGCUUGUACGUUCAAGAAUGAUUAAUCUGUGUAAUAAACUGAUUACUACAGUCAUUACAUA